AUGUCAGUGAAAAUCCUCGGCGCAGGGGCCAUGGGGUCUCUUGUAGGUCACGAGUUGGCCAGAUCAGGCAGAGUGGCUCCUGUUUUGCUUUUCAGGUUCAAAGAGCGUCUUGAUCGUUUUUCAGCUGAUGGGUCUAAGAUAACAGUGGUUAGAACACAAGACGAGAAUGUGGAAUCGUCAACGGCAGUGAUGGAAGGGGAGUUGGCGCCGCUGGGCCUUCUGAAUGAAAAAAUCCAAAACCUUGUGGUUUCGACGAAAAGUUAUGCCACUAUCGAUGCGUUGAAGCCCUAUGUUCCAUACUUGGACGAAUCGUCAAAUGUGCUUAUAUUGCAAAACGGGAUGGGCAUGGCCGAGAAGCUUAAAGGGGCGUUCUGGGCAGCGAGUCUGCUGAAAAUUCCAACUUUUUAUGAAGCCAUUUCGACCCACGGCGCAUAUAAACCGUCUCCUAAUAUCGUUAACCAUGUGGGUUUGGGUAAAUUGACCAUCUCUCCAGCUGGUAUAAACACUGGAAGUGUAAACGAGAAACCUGAGUUGGUGAAGGCGCUUCUAGAUUGUCAUAGACUUAACGCUUGCUGUGUUUCUCAGGACGACAUGCUUCUAACGCAGAUGGAGAAGCUUAUAGUGAAUGCUUGCAUCAAUCCACUCUCAGCAUUGCUAGAUUGUCUCAAUGGCGAUUUGCUUUAUGGAUCACAGGUGGUUCCAAUCAUGAAGCGGGUCAUUGCAGAGGCUUUGGACUGUUUUGGAGUGGAGUUUGGUAAACGCAUUGCAGAUAUAGAUGGGGCCAAGACGUUUUUAAACCGUGAACGGUUAUUGAACUCUGUGCUUAAGAUAUGCAAAGAUACCGCUCAGAAUAGCUCUUCCAUGAGAGAGGACGUCAGACACAUGAGAACCACUGAAGUGGAAGCCAUCAAUGGAUAUAUUUGGGACCUUGGCAAGAAACACUCUGUACCCACACCAGUCAACCGUAUGUCUCUAUAG